AUGGAGCAACUGAACGACCCUCUUGCCUCGCCACCGUCACCCACAGCAGCGCAGCAGCUGGAGACGGCUGGAGGACCACUCGGCAAAGCGAAAAGCGGGAGGACCGCUGGUCAGCAUUCGCCGCUCCCGCCGGAGCGCAGCCUCGAGCGCGGACCCCGAAGUCCUGCCUCAGACGCUUCCCAAGUUACAUCCCGAAAGCGUUCAUCCACCAGAAGACCCACCAGAAGUUCCCGCUGCAGUCCCAGCCGAACCUCACCGUUGCCCAGUCCCGAGAUCAAUGAUGCCCGGGCCAGGCAGGAACGCACGGCAAGGCCUUCGCUUGGCAGGACCCGCUGCAGCACAGCGACAGUUGGCCAAAGCAGCGGGUCUCCGUCUUCCACCGAGAAGAUGCCCCACACGCUGCAGCCGUUUCCUCACCCUAUUAGGACAGCAGGCACGGGCAGCCGCCUCCUGAGGGCGCCGACCGACCGCAACGCGGCUUCCGAAUCCGAAGAGGCCGACCACGGAAGUGUCCUGCCCACGGGCACUUCGGAAUCUCCGGCUGCCGAGCGGCAUCAAGAGAACUCGCCGGCAGGUGCAGACCAAGAUCGACAACCUGACCCAGAGAUACAGAUAAUUUCCAGCAUGGAACGUUCCAAUGGAAAUACCUCUGGAGAGGAGGAGGUGGCAGACGCAGUGGAAGACGCAAGCGAUAGCCAAGAGCCUGCAUCCACCACACAACAGCGCCGCCCACAAAAGCGGAAGAGCCAGAGUGCCACUGAGAACUUCCGCAAUAACUUGCUGGAACAGCAAAAUAAGCUGAUAGCUACGUUGCAAGAGGCAACUAAAGUUGACCAAGCUCUGCGGGAGCGGCUAGUGAAUGCCCAAGAAAAGUUGGUGGACCUACUGUCCCAGUAUUUUAAUAAAUAA